UGUGAUCCUCAAGGCGGGCGCGCACCCGGCUGCACCGUGCGCGUGCCCGUCAUCAGUGGACGGUUAUGCGGUGCAGAAAUCAAGGAGGAGAAACCGCGCUGGCUGAGCCGGAAAAUCGGAAGUGACUUUCAAAAGAGACCUAUCUCAUUCGUUUUUACUUUUUUUUUUUCCUAACCUGACUGUGUCAUCAGGCAGAUGAGAAACCCUUCAUAUCAGAAGAUGGCAAGUGGAUCAAAUUGGUGUUAGUUCCAGUGGGUCAUCAAUUUUGUCUUGUGUGUCGCUGUGGACGAAGUUCCAAGCUGCAAAAGUGACGUCAGUUUGAACAAAAGUGUGAGAUCGCGUGUCUCAUUCAACAAUUUGUCCUGCUGAGGAGCUGCUCAGGACUGUUUGACAGCUCCAUACUUGGGGCAGAGACAGCGCCCCCACUCUCCUGCCAAAAUGGUGCUGUCACAGAGACAACGAGAUGAACUAAAUCGAGCAAUAGCAGAUUAUUUGCGCUCUAAUGGUUAUGAAGAAGCAUAUUCUGUCUUUAAGAAGGAGACAGAGAUGGAUAUGAAUGAAGAGUUGGAUAAGAAGUAUGCAGGUCUUUUGGAAAAAAAAUGGACUUCAGUCAUCAGAUUACAAAAAAAGGUAAUGGAGUUGGAGUCCAAAUUAAAUGAAGCUACGGCAGAGAUCACUUUAGGAGGCCCCAUGGGACAGAAACGAGACCCCAAAGAGUGGAUCCCACGCCCGCCUGAGAAGUACGCCCUCAGCGGCCACAGAAGCCCUGUCACACGUGUCAUCUUCCACCCUGUGUUCAGCCUCAUGGUCUCUGCCUCAGAGGAUGCCACUAUAAAGGUUUGGGACUAUGAGGCUGGGGAUUUCGAGCGCACCCUGAAAGGUCACACUGACUCAGUGCAGGACAUCUCCUUUGAUCAGGCUGGAAAGCUGCUGGCUUCUUGUUCUGCAGAUAUGACCAUCAAACUCUGGGACUUCCAGGGCUUUGAGUGCAUCAGGACCAUGCACGGACAUGAUCAUAAUGUGUCGUCAGUUGCCAUCAUGCCCAACGGUGAUCACAUAGUGUCUGCUUCCAGGGAUAAGACCAUUAAAAUGUGGGAGGUGGCCACAGGUUACUGUGUGAAGACGUUCACGGGUCACAGGGAGUGGGUGCGUAUGGUCCGGCCAAAUCAAGAUGGUACACUGUUGGCCAGCUGCUCUAAUGAUCAGACGGUGCGUGUGUGGGUGGUGGCCAACAAGGAGUGCAAGGCAGAGCUGCGGGAGCACGAGCACGUGGUGGAGUGUAUUUCCUGGGCCCCUGAGAGCGCACACCCCACCAUAUCUGAGGCUACAGGUUCUGAGAACAAGAAAAGUGGAAAGCCUGGGCCAUUCCUGUUAUCUGGAUCCAGAGACAAGACCAUUAAAAUGUGGGACAUAAGUACUGGCAUGUGCCUUAUGACACUGGUCGGUCAUGAUAACUGGGUGCGUGGAUUGCUGUUCCAUCCUGGCGGGAGAUUUGUAGUGAGCUGCGCUGAUGACAAGACCCUUCGUAUCUGGGACUAUAAGAACAAGCGCUGCAUGAAGACCCUGAGUGCCCAUGAACACUUUGUUACGUCUCUGGAUUUCCACAAGACUUCUCCUUAUGUGGUGACAGGAAGUGUAGAUCAAACGGUUAAAGUGUGGGAAUGUCGCUGAUCACCAUAGGAUCUGCCUCUUCCCACUUUGGCCACUCCCACACCUGCUCUUCAGGAUGCACUCAUUACUAUGGUUACCACCUCAUCCAGCUCUCUUCUAAUAACUAUUGUCCUUUUAUGUAAAUUACUCUGGAUGUAGUUUGAGCUUAUUAAAUGUUACACAAGACACUCAAAAGGAAAAAAAGAAAUAAGUAAAAUGUAAAACAAGUAUUCUUGCAUGGUUAAUCCAAA